GAAUGAUUCACUGAUCCAAGCAACCCGAUGGUACAGUAAAGCAUUCGUGAAUUAGUUUCUCUGGUGUGCAGACGUACCUACGUCAAAGUGCUACGAAGUUCUUAGUGUAGUUUCUAUAGAGUUUAAAUAAAAGCUUAUUAUUAGAUUCUAACAGUUAAUUAAACUCCAAAGUAUCACAUCUGGCGACGAGAACAAUCCACGCUGCCUUUGAGUAUCGGAAAAUAUGGAAGACCAGUUGUUUAAACUGCCACCGUUCGAGUGUGACAACGUUCCAAUAACGGAACUUAGACAAUCAUGGUUCGAUUACAAGAGACAGUUUGAGUACAUCGCGGCUGCGAUGAGCAAGAAGAGCAAGAAAAAACUCAAAAGCAUCUUCCUGGCUGUCGCUGGUCGUCAACUUCAACGUGUGUAUGAGAGCUUACCCAAUGCUAACCAUGAAACCACUGAAGACGGCGGAGAUGAUUUCGAAAAUGUCAUACAACGAUUGGAUACUUAUUUUGCUCCGAAACGCCACGACACCUUCGAGAGGCACGCAUUUUGGACGCAGAAACCAGUCACCGGCGAGACCCUUGACAAAUUUUUGCUGCGGGCCAAGGUAUUGGCCACUAAAUGUCAGUUUGGAACAACGGAACGAGAAAGCCGCGAUGCAGCCGUGAUUGACAAGAUCGUAAUGCUUGCACCACCUGAAUUGCGACGGAAAAUAUUGGAGAAGCCCAACAUCAACUUGGACGAGUUUACCAACCUCGUCAACACCCACCUUUCUAUUCAACACCAAGUCCGUGAGUUGAACCAACAUGCUUCUAGUGCUGGGAACAUGCUAGAAACCAGUCGUGGCAGUACGUUUGUGAACAAAAUAUCCAACACUAAUGACAAAUCUCGCUGGACACAAAGCUAUCAAGUUUCCGAUUGUAGCAGAUGUGGUAACAGACCACACAAGCCAGAAGAGAACUGUCCAGCCAAGAACGUCAAGUGUCACAACUGCGAUGCCAUUGGUCAUUUCGCGAAAAAGUGUCGCGGAAGGAUUGAUAAGUCUGGUCCGAAAAAGCGCAAGUCUACAGACUACCAAGAUCAUCGCCGUUUCAAGAAGCCCAAAAUCAACGCUGUCAGCGCCAAUCAGUUGCCUGAAUCACGUGCUGUGAAACCUGAAGCUCAUCCGCAGGACUCCUUCAUAUAUGCAAUCAGCGAUAACCACGACGAGUUGGUUUGGUGUAAGGUCGGUGGCGUGCUCAUCGAAAUGAUGAUCGACUCAGGUAGCAAAUACAACAUUGUUGAUGAAUCAACGUGGCAAUAUAUCCGGAACAAAAAUGCUUUCCUGAAGAAUGUGCGUCCGUCAUCCAAACAGCUAUCGGCUUACGCGCAACGUGAAUCCUUGAGUAUCAUCUGUACAUUCGAUGCCGAAAUAACGGUUGUCGAGGGUAAUGGCCUCAGUGUUGACACUACAUUUUAUGUUGUAAAAGGUGGUGAACAGAACUUGCUAGGAAGAGUUACAUCGAAGCAGUUGGGAGUGUUGUUGAUCAGCCUACCUAGCGCCGUGAGUCCGGAGGAGAUUCAGCACAUUUCAGAUAACGCUAUUGAUAAGUUCCCUGUAAUUAAAGGUAUAAACUAG